CCCGCGAGGUAAUUGAGGCAUCACUACCACAAGACUACGUUUCAUCACUGCCACAGCCACCGGGAGGGCUCACUACUGCCAGAACACCAAAGUGCGACCAAAAAUUUGUGAGCACUCCUGACGGACCGCUGAACGGAAGCUUUCACGCACCGACGCUGAUCAAUCCUGAAGGAGAUCCACGACAGUGCGUUUACACAUUUCUUGCAGGGCCGCGUCAGCGUGUCGAAUUGAUUUUUACCUCGUUUGGCCUUCGGGGAAAACCACCAGAAUUGAUAAUUAUGUCACGCACCUUUUACGAUCGGCGAUAGACGUCAACAUAUUAGGCAUAUUUUUUACGUGACUCUAGUAUAAGCAACCAAAGUGUACCAAACUGCACCACCAAUAGCAACCACCGAUAACAACUUUGGUAUAAUAUAUGUGCCAAACCAUACCAAACGAUCGCUAAAAAUCGCCUAUUAUAUCCGAUAUAUCAAGUCAAUUGUUAUAGUCCUACGUAUACGGUCCUACGUAUUCAUUAUUUUUCUAUUUUCCCACUUUCCAUUUCUCUCGCUGAUUUCUCUUCUUUUUUUUAUACAAGAAAAUGUCAAAUAGUGAAAAAAUAAAACAAGAAGAGAAAUGGUAAUAGAAAAGAAUACGAAAACAGAUAUACGACAAAAAAUACAGAGGUUUGACUAUACAUAUUACUUGAUUUUUUUUUAUGGUAUGGUAUCAUGGUAUUUUCUCAUACGUCAAUAAUAAAAAUUUAUAAUUAUUUUUCCUUUUACGAAAACUUUAGUGAUUGAUACCUGAUAAAGGCGCAAGGCAAGGUUUGAUAUUUUAGAAUUAUAUUAUAUACUUGAAUUUGACAAUUUUUGCAUAUAAAUGUGAUGGAUUUAUAUAAGAAACAUUUAUUUAAAUAUAUGUAUUGU